CGCAGGGAAUGACUGGGGUGUUUCAGGGAGAGAGCGAGAAGCGAGCGGUGCGCCGGCUGGGUCAGCCGCCCAAGUUUGCUGGGGUGCCUCUCGAUGAGCACCAUCUGGAAAGGGAGCUUCAAGUUCAGCGAAGAUCGCCCCUAGUCACUUCUAGGAAACACGCGCACAGACACCACCAGGCAGCUUGAUUUUUUUUAAAGAAGUUUUUUCUGCAGAGGGAUACGGCUUGACCUGGCCAGGAAGAAAAUGGGUACCGGGGAUUAUAUCUGCAUCACCAUGACUGGAGGGGCACCUUGGGGGUUUCGACUUCAAGGUGGCAAAGAAGAAAAGCAGCCUUUACAGAUCGCCAAGAUUCGGAAUAAAAGCAAAGCGUCGAAAGCUGGGCUCUGUGAAGGAGAUGAGGUGAUAUCUAUCAAUGGCACCCCUUGUGCAGACUUGUCCUAUGCCGAAGUUAUCGCCCUGAUGGAAGGCCUGUCUGACACUCUCCAAAUGCUUAUUAAAAGAUCUUCCAUUGGGGCAAAUGAGACCUUACACCCUGAAACAGAAAAUGGAGAACGGAAUGAAAUUAAAAAUGAGGAUUAUAAAGAAAGCACCACCCUGCAUAUCAGAACAGCAGUGCCAAGACCCCACCAGGAACUAUUGAUCACCACAGGGGCCAUCCCAAAAGUUGUGGAGCAAAGCGACAUGGAUUUUUCUGGGGCAAAGCAAGAAAGAGAGCUAACGUAUUGCCACAAAAUUCCUCCUAAAGUGAUUGAAGCCCCUCGAGCACACUUAAUUGACAUAUCUACUUUCACUGGGGGGACUGGAGAAAAGCCAGGCCCUACAGUUGAGCUGCAGUUGUCCUUCUCUCAGGGCAGACACCAAGGCAGCAGUGCUGCAGGACUCACUGUUCUGGAGGCUGAACAGUGUAUGCCUUCAGAAACAAGACCCACUUCUCUGCAAGAUGGGACUGGCUGGGUGAGUGCUACAGCUCCUGCAACCGAGAAAGACCCCGCUGCUCUCCAACAGUCAAGCCAGAUUUUCCAGAUUGCUAGUGGCAAGGAGGCCAAAAUAAUCCACAGAGAUGAGACAAAGGAGCCCCCUCUCACCAGGGUGGAAGUGAUCUUGGACUGUUCUGACAGGGGGGAAGAAGCAUCGAGGUCUCUGGUUGAAAAGGGGUGUGUGGAUUCUCAAGUGGAAGGAGGGCCAUCCGAGGCACCUCCUUCUGUGGUCUCCUUUGGAAUCUCAUCAGAAGGCACUGAGCACGGAGAAGACGGCCAGCACUCUGAAAGGGAACACAGCAGACCUCACAAACACCGGGCAAGGCACGCCAGGCUCAGACGGAGUGAGAGCCUGUCAGAGAAGCAGGUGAAAGAAGCCAAAUCUAAAUGUAAGAGCAUUGCCCUGUUGCUGACGGCAGCUCCAAAUCCCAACUCCAAAGGGGUGUUGAUGUUCAAGAAGCGUCGCCAAAGGGCGAGGAAAUAUACUUUGGUCAGCUACGGCACUGGUGAGUUAGAGCGUUACGAGGACGAAGGAGAAGAAGACGAGGGUGACGAAGGGGAGAAGGAGAACGCUUUUGAAGUGACCUUACUAGGGACGAGUGAGUCAGAAAUAGAUGAAGAUUUCUUCUCCGACCUUGAGAAGGAAAACCGGAUUGUGACCUUUGACUGGGACACUGGGCUACUUGAGGUUGAGAAGAAACCCAAAAGUGGGGACGAGAUGUCUCAGCUGCUUCCAGACAGCAAAGGAAAGGGAGCGCUCAUGUUUGCCAAGAGACGGCAAAGGGUGGACCAGGUGACGGCUGAGCAAGAGGCCAUGAAGGUGCAGGCUGUCCACAGCCAUUCUGAGGAGCACCAAGAGGCCACCACAAGAGAGAGCACCCAGAAAAUCAGCUCCUCUUUGUAUCAGACAAAACAAGAUGCCUCCAGAGUUCAGCAGAGCCAUGUAAGCAAAAGCUACAUAGAAGUGAGCCAUAGUCAUAACACACCAAUUCAGCAAAACGGCAUUGGAGUUGCCCCAGAAACGAAUGCAAUGUACCCAUCUUCUGAAGCCUUUAAGACGGCUACUUUAAACAGAACAGCCAAGCCUUUCCCUGGUGUGCAGAACAGAGCGGCAGCUCCAUUUUCACCCACACGGAGUAUGACUAGUCCUCUCUCGGAUCUACCUGCACCACCUCCUUAUGCUUCAGUCAGCCCACCACCUGAAACCCUAUACAGGACUGUUUUGACUCCAGUGGCCACCAGCACAACUCAGUCAACGCUACUGUCUCCAACAGAAUCGACUGAACAGAUUGCAUCCAGGGAUGAAAGGAUUGCAGUGCCGGCCAUAAGAACUGGAAUAUUGCAAGAUGCAAAGAGGAGAAGCACUGCAAAGCCUAUGUUUACUUUCAAAGAAGCCCCCAAGGUGAGCCCCAAUCCUGCUCUUUUGUCACUUGUACAGAAUACAGAAGGCAAAAAAGGUGCUGGCGCUGGCUUUGAAUCAGGCCCCGAAGAAGAUUACCUCAGCUUGGGAGCAGAGGCUUGCAAUUUCAUGCAAAUCCAAGCAGCCAAACAAAAGGUCCCCCCUCCGGUGGCUCCAAAACCCUCACUCAAGGUCUCUCCCACUACCACAACACCAAUACCACCAGUUUGGUCACCUCCAGCUGUGGCCCAGCCACCUGUCUUUCCAUCUCCAAACUCACCUCAGGAGGCUGCUCCAGCACCUGUCAAAAUGGCACAACCUGCUUAUCCUCCUCCACAGCCACCCACUAGUCUUAACCUUGCUGGUCCCUUUAAAGGACCUCAGACAGCCUCUUUGCACCAAAAUUACACACCCAAAACCACACCAGUCACACCGGUAGGUAACUCAGCACUUGCUGGAGGAAUGGGGCCAGCUUUUGAGAUGCCCCCGGCUAUGAGUGGGAAGGGAGCCCAGCUCUUUGCCAAAAGGCAAUCCCGAAUGGAGAAAUAUGUGGUAGAUUCGGAAACUGUGCAGGCCAAUAUGGCACGGUCUUUAUCACCAACUCCGUCUCUGCCAGCUUCUUGGAAAUAUUCAUCAAAUGUUCGGGCACCACCACCAGUGGCUUAUAAUCCCAUUCAGUCCCCAUCUUAUCCUCUUGCUGCAACCAAGUCCCAGUCAAAGUCUCCUGGAGCGGCCAAAAAUACCAAGAAAAAACCUAAGAAAGCACUUAGUUCUUUGGAAGUGAUGAAGCAUCAGCCAUACCAGCUCAAUGCAUCCUUAUUUACAUUUCAGCCUCCCUCUGAGCAUAAGGAAGGCCUGCUUAAGCAACCCACCAAGUUUGACUCAGUAUCUGCCUCAAAACCAGCUCUGCCAUCAAGAUCACUCAAUGCUGAUUCUCCCUCUAAUGUCCGAUCUUCUUCAGUAUACUCUGUACCAGCCUACAGUUCGCAACCUUUCUUCCCAUCAAAUGCCUCUAGCCCCAUAAUUGAGUCUUGUGCAUCAACAGGAUACCCUACUUUCUCAAAGCAGGAGCCAAUGGCAUCCUCUACAUUUUCUGCUCCCAGGCCAAAGUUCUCAGCCAAGAAAGUUGGCGUCACAGCACAGGAAAGAGCCAGCGAACGAUCUUUCUCAGUUCCUGGAUGGCAUUCUUCAGCCACUUCCCGGUCCAUGUCACCUGUUUCUCCUGCGAUGUUCCAGCCUGCCUCUGAUUCCUUCAGCAAACUGCCUACAGCUGUUCACAAGCCUGGCAAGAGGCUGACUCCAUGGGAAGCCGCAGCCAAGUCUCCACUUGGACUUGUGGAUGAUGCCUUUGCCCCCCAAACCAUUCAAGAGUCGAUUGCUGCAAAUGUUGUGUCAGCUGCUCGCAGGAAAACACUACCCACUCCACCAGAUGACUGGAAACAAAAAGUAGCCUAUGAGCAUCCAGCUCCAAGUGUCCACGCUAAAUUACCUUCAUUUGGAAGGAGCUAUUCAGCAGCCGUGUUUCCUGCCAAGAGCACAAUGUCUGCUCCCAGCUCCACUGCUCACUGUGGAUCUCGUCUUCAGCAUGCAUAUUACAACCAGCGUGCCCGAACUGAUCCUGACGUGAUCUCCAUGGAUUCCAGGUCUGAUUACUGCCUGUCAAUUGCUGACUCCAAUUAUAAUCCGCAUCCAAAGGGAUGGAGGCGCCAAACAUGAGAAGCAAAAUAUCCCAUCUUGGUUUUUUCUUCUUGAAAUUCUAAAAGUCUUAAAUUCCAAGGUGAAUGAAGAAUGGGAAGAAGUGGUCUGUGUGGAUAGAUGUUUUCUAGCCUGCCAGAAUUAAAUACAUAAGAAGUUAUCUAGGAAGUUGUCAAGAACCCAUAAAAAUCUGAGUCCUUAAUAGCAUAACAGGUUUUGCUCUAAUUUUAAAGAUUUUCUGUCCCUCUUUCUGUCUCUGUUUCUCUCUCUGAUGAGAAGUUGAAACUGCAUGGAAAAACGUAAGCUGGAAGAGUGCAACAACUGAGACAUUUUUAAACUAUCUGAGGAGUAUCUCUCAAAAAUGUAAUCUUAGGACUCCCAAAAAGCUUUCUAAGUUUCCUGUUCCAAGUUGGCCUAUCUCUGGAGUUACAGAAGUUUGUGCUCUCCUUCCCGUGUAAAGACAAUUAAUGCCACAAACAUUUUAGUUGUGAUAUUUUGAUUUUUCACUGAAAUGAGACUUUUCUAUCUUGUAAAAUAAUUUGUUGCAAAGAAA